CUCUGGUCCUAUUCUGUUCAGUUACCUGCGGUGUCUUGGGCACGAAACCAGCCUGGCGCAGUGUCAACACCCGGGGCUCUACAGUCACAACUGUUACCACUGGGAGGAUGUCGGCGUCAUGUGCAACACUAAAAAGCAGACCAGUAAUAAUUAAAUAUUUACAGCUACUCAAGGAUUUAAUUUAUCUUAUUUAAAAGUUUCAGUAUGGCGUAGCUAAAGAUUGCUCUAUUAGGUUUUAAUAACUGUUCUUUGAUAACCAAAGCUACAAAUCAAGUACGUUCCACCGUGUUUCAAAUAAGAUAUUAUAUUUAUUCUGUUUAUGAUUAUGAUUGUGCUUAUGAUUGUGAUGGUGAUUGUGAUUGUGAUUAUUCUUAUGAUUAUCAUUAUGAUUAUUGUCCAACAACUUACAAAUAUUAUAAUAUAAAAUAAUUGAUGUAUUUUUAUAUAAUUAAAACAGUGUGAUUACAUUGGUGCCAUUAACAAAUAUUUCCUUUUUUAAAGUAUUAAUCGUUUGGACAUGCCAUGAUAUUACUUCUUUACCUUUGUUGGUGGUAGUAUUGCUGGUAUCUUAACUUCUUCGUGAUUGAAAAAUUCUUUUCCCUCUGUAAGAGCCAACAACAGUCGAUCAUCGUAUUUGGAUUGAUCUUCCCUUUGUUAUGACAUUCAAUGACUAUUGCCUUGAUGAAAGCGUUUGCUUUGUUCAUUACUGAUAUCACUUAUGUCAGAGGGCGAAACCUCCAAAUGUCAAUGAAGAAAAUGCCUUUUCAGUCACUUUCGAACACCUACUUUUUUGUAGUCACCAUCUUUACUAUGAAAUCUUUAAUAUUAUCAGAUUUAUUUUAAGAAACUCACCGACAAAGUCUUUAAAAAAGCCAUGCUUCUAGCUAUUAUUAGCUUUAUUUUCAAUAAGGGAUCCCUUAGGAAAUCUUUGAUUGUGGAUCUUAGAAAAAUGCUUAUUAAAAUAUAACUUUGGUUAGUUUAGAAACUUCUGAGUUAAGUGCUUUAAACCUUUUUGAAAGUGUUUACAAAGUUCUUUAUCAGAUACAUGUAAUGCAAAGAGGUGAUAAGUAUAGAUUGUUUGGGUUUACAAGGGAAAUUUCUUUGACAGUGAUAUUUCUUGACACAUUUUCAUCUCUUGCUUGGUACUGAAGUCCUAAAUAAUGACUUCUAGUGACACACGUAUGCUAUAAACAGAAGUAGCAUAGAUUAUUGUGAACUCACUCUCAUAUUGAAAAACUAAAAUCUUUCAGAUUAUCACAGAUACUUUCACCAUAUUUGUCUUGCUUUAUGGCACUUGAAAUGUUCAUCUCGAUGCUUUACAUCCUGGUCGCUGUGUGUAAAGUUGCGGCGCUGCGGUCGACGUCCAGUGUCUUGUCAGUCACAGACACACCAUCAUUGUAAGUCUUCAUCACCAGAGUCAACGAGCAUCAUGAGGUACAGGGUGGUCACUACUUACCUCAUGUACCUGCUGUUGGUGCCAAGCCUGGCUCAACAGUUAAGAGCUCGUGUGGUCGGUGGCACAGCAGAGGCGGGACGUCUGGAAAUCUUUUACGAUGGAACUUGGAACACAGUGUGUGGUGACGGUUUUGGACAGAAAGAAGCUUUGGUAGCCUGCAGAAUGUUAGGAUUCAACAGCACAACAGCAGUAGCCGUGGGGUCAAACAAGUACGGAGAAGGCUCUGGUCCUAUUCUGUUCAAUAACCUGCAGUGUGUGGGGAACGAAACCAGCCUGGCGCAGUGUCAACACUCGGGGCUGUACAGACACAGCUGUUACCACUGGCAGGAUGUCGGCGUCAUGUGCAACACUAGUAAUCAGACAAGUCAAGAGUUAACAGUUCGUGUGGUCGGUGGCACAGCGGAGGCGGGACGUCUGGAAAUCUUUUACGAUGAAACUUGGAACACAGUGUGUGAUUACGGUUUUGGACAGGAAGAAGCUUUGGUAGCCUGCAGGAUGUUAGGAUUCAACAGCACAACAGCAGUAGCCGUGGGGUCAGCCAAGUACGGAGCAGGCUCUGGUCCUAUUCUGUUCAGUGACCUGCAGUGUGUGGGGAACGAAACCAGCCUGGCGCAGUGUCAACACUCGGGGCUGUACUUAGACUACUGUGAACACUGGGAGGAUGUCGGCGUCAUGUGCAACUUUACUCAGCAACUGAAAGCCCGUGUAGUUGGUGGUACAGAAAGUGCAGGGAGUCUUGAAAUUUUGUUCGAUGGAACUUGGGGCACAGUGUGUGACAACGGAUUUAGAAUGAUCGAAGCUCGGGUGGCCUGCAGGAUGCUCGGAUUCAACGACACCAAAUUGACAGCUGUGCCCUCAAUCAAGUACAGGGGAGGUUCAGGCCCAAUUCUGCUUGAUGGUGUGAGUUGUCGUGGAACAGAAACUAGUCUGGCACAGUGUGAUCACAAAGUGUUCUAUCACCAUGACUGUGAUCACUCCGAAGAUGUCGGCAUCAUCUGCAACAUUAAGGUGUGGGAGACGGCCCAGCAGUUGUCAGCUCGUGUAGUUGGUGGUACACCACAGGCAGGACGUCUAGAAAUACUUUACAACGGAGCCUGGGGCACAGUGUGUCGAGACAUAUUCGGACAAGAAGAGGCUUUGGUGGCCUGCAGGAUGCUGGGAUUCAACAGCACUGCGGCUGCAGUAGAUAUUUCAGGCAAGUAUGGCAGGGGUUCAGGUAAAAUUUUGUUUGAUGAGCUGGUUUGUGCGGGAUCGGAAACCAGUCUGUCGCAGUGUCAGCACAGAGGGUUUUACACUCACGACUGUGAUCACUCCGAGGAUGUUGGUGUCGUCUGUGACCUGGACCGUUGGAACAGCACUCAGCAAAUGAAAGCUCGUGUAGUUGGAGGCACAGAAGGUAAUGGACGUCUGGAGAUAUUGUAUAAUGGAACUUGGAGCACAGUGUGUAACAACGGAUUUCACAAUACAGAAGCGCAGGUGGCCUGCAGGAUGUUAGGGUUCAACAGCACUGCAACACCAGUUCUGAGUUCUGCCAUGUACGGGGAAGGUCGUGGGACAAUUCUGCUUGAUAACCUGGAGUGUCAGGGAACAGAAAAGAGUCUGGAACAGUGCAGACACCGGGGCUACUACAACCACGACUGCAACCACACAGAAGAUGUCGGUGUCAUCUGUAACAUGAGCUCUACACAGAUGGAAGCUCAUCUGGUUAACGGAACAUCAACGUCUGGACGUCUGGAGUUGUUAAUUAAUGGACAACAGGGUACAGUGUGUAACCAAGUAUUUGGAAGGAAGGAGGCGCAGGUGGCUUGCAGGAUGCUGGGAUUUGAAGGAGUCGAAGCAGCAGUUGUGAGUCCAGCCAGGUAUGGGAAAGGCUCAGGUCAUGUUAUCCUUGGAUACCUAGAGUGUCGUGGAUGGGAAACUAGUCUGACACAGUGCUCAAUAAAUUCUUUCUACUCCAACGUUUGCGAUCACUGGGACGAUGUCGGUGUCGUCUGUACCACUAAGAGCUUCAUAAAAGGAAAGCCAUCAGUGACAUUUCAGUGGCGCUUGAUUGUAGCUGAGGAAAAAAAAUUAUUGGUGCAGGGAAGACAAUUGGUGUAUGUCAGAGGCAAUUAAGAGAGUGUAACUGAUAAAACACAAACAUGUAACAGUGCUGUUGUCAGGUAACCGGAGUAGUAUUUGUAAAAACAAGUAAACUUUUUACUAAAUCUAGGCGUUUUAAUUAUUUUGUAGGUUUUUUUUUAGCUCAAAACCAUGUCCUUUUUUUUAAAAAUUAAACAUAAGGAAAGAAAUUCUCAAUGUAAAUAACGUUAUUGAUUAAGUAGAGUGCAAUGUAUACUGCUGUCCAGUCUAUGACAUAAUAAUACAUAUUCAUCCUGAGCAAAAAAAAAUAUAUUAAUCAAAUAAAAUGGUCCUAAAUUACAACAGCGUUUUGAUAUGCAUCCACUACUUUUUUCAAUCUUAUAUUUUUCCACUUUUCUUGUCACGAGGCUAGCAUAAAAAGCUAUGUAUUUUUUUUUUAUUUUGUCUCGUGUGUCGUCAACUCUAAAGUAUUUGCAAUAUUCAAUGUUCUUGUCAGACUCUUUUCUCGCCAGUUUUCUUUUGGUCAGCAGGAGAUGAAAGACGUGCUUUGGACUUAACAGUGUGACAGGACUAAACAUCAACUUGUCUGCUGCCUUCAUUUCCCUUAAAACAGAGAAACCGAAAUAAAUUGGACUUUUAGAAAUAAGUGUUUUAGUAAACAUCAAA